AUGCCUCGUCCUAAGCGUAAUGUUUUGGCUGCAGCACAAGAGUCGUUCGAGCCGCCAGUAGAACUGACUGAAGGUCAACACAUCGCACGCGUGGUCAAAAUCAACGGCAACAACCUCUACCUCGCCGAGCUUCCCUCGAAAAAGCAAUUGCUAGUUGAAUUGCCUUCACGUUUUCGUUCCACCGUGUGGAUCAGGCGCGGCGGAUACGUGCUUGUGGACACCAAUGCUUUUGCAGAUCGGGAAAACAAAUUAGACGGAGAAAUUGCGGCCGUGAUUCGAAACGACAAGGAAUGGAGGAAGAUGAAUUACUGGCCGCAGGAAUUUGCAAAGAAAUCUUCGUACUUGGAGGAGAGUGACGAGGACGAAUCUACCGUCGGCAAACUGCCGCCCAGCGAUGACGAGGACGAUGCAUGA